ACACUCUCAUAGCCAAAUUCAAAUUUAUAAUAUAUCUAUUUGAUCUAUCCCUUAUAAUUGUCACAAUUUCGGACAAAUAAUACAUGAAUAUGAAUAUAAAAUAAAUAUAAUAUAAUAUUUCUAAAUAUUAUGGGUGUUCAUAGUUUAUCACAAAAAGAAAAUGAAACCAAUAAGAAAAAACAGAUCCAAGAGAACCGAAAGUCCAGGGGCCAUUGGGGAAAUUACACGGAAUUCAUAUUGUCAUGUAUAGGAUUCUCUGUCGGAAUAGGAAACGUUUGGAGAUUUCCUUACAUAUGUUACGAAAAUGGAGGAGGUGCCUUCUUGAUCCCGUUCAUGAUAAUAUUGAUCUUAAUCGGAAUACCGCUCUACUUUCUCGAAUUAGGUCUUGGACAAUUCACUAGGUUGGGCCCUCCCGGCGCUUUCAAUUUGGUCCCUAUGUGCAUGGGUAUUGGGGUGGCUAUGCUAAUCGUUUCUGCCAUAACAGGCAUAUAUUAUAACGUGGUCAUGGCUUACACCUUGUUUUACACGUUCGCCUCUUUUCAAAAAGUACUACCUUGGACCCAUUGUAAUGGACUAUACAACACCCCAAAUUGCUUUUUGCGAACCAAUCAAUCAUUUCUAUUUUCCGCAAAUUCGACUAACAGUUCUUUACUGAAUUCCUUGCAAUAUAAUACCAGUCACAUGAUAAGUUCGAGCGAAGAGUAUUGGUUAAAUCGUGUAUUAGAUAUCAAUUCAUCGUCCGGGAUGCAUGAUUUAGGCUCUAUAAAAUGGGAGUUGGCUCUUUGUCUCUUACUCUCUUGGGCCAUCGUAUUUUUGACUCUUUCUAAAGGCAUUAGCUCUGCCGGAAAAGCCAUAUAUUUUACAGCAACUUUUCCUUAUGUCAUAUUAAUGAUUUUAUUGGUUCGGGGUGUGACCCUAGAUGGCGCUAAAGAAGGUAUCAUGUAUUUUAUCAAGCCACAAUGGGGGAAAUUGACCGAAAUUAAAGUCUGGCGCGAAGCUGCCGGCCAAGUAUUCUUCUCACUUAGCGUAGGCUUCGGCGGCAUAAUAGCGUUCAGUUCUUUUAAUGCCUUCGAUAACGAUUGCCAUCGGGAUGCUUGGAUAGUGAGUGUGGCCGAUACCGUUACCAGCUUGUUGUCGGGCCUCGUUAUAUUUUCCGUGAUGGGGUUCAUGUCCAAGUACAUGGGAGGCACAGACGAGUUCGGCAAUUUCACGCCCCUACCUAUCACCGAGGUCGUCAAGAGUGGAGGACCGGGUUUAGCGUUCAUAGCGUAUCCCGAGGCUCUCGCCCGUCUAUACAAGCCACAGCUAUGGACCGUUAUGUUUUUCUCGAUGCUUUACAUGCUCGGUUUGAAUAGUGAGGUGGCUUACAUUGAAACUAUUCUAUCGGCAUUACACGAUAAUUUUCCCAAUGUAUUUCCCUGGAAAUACAAAACAUGGACCUGUCUCGGAGCCUGUAUCAUAGGCUUCUUGUUUGGGCUACCCUGUGUUACACAAGGUGGACAAUUUGUUGUAAAAUUUUUGGAUCAUUUUGGAUCUACAUUUAUGGUGGUUAUGAUUGGUGCAUUCGAAGUUAUUGGAAUCAUGUGGAUAUACGGUUAUAAUAGAUUUUUGGAUGACAUGCAAACCAUGAUGGGUAAAAGAAUUCCUUUACUGUAUUAUUGGUUGUUUACCUGGGUUUUCGCCGCACCAAUCAUGUUAAUGGUAAUAUUUAUCGUAUCAAUAGCCGACAGUCACCAUCUCGAAUAUCAAAAUUACAUAUACGAUCUUAAAUUUCACAUUAUAGGCUGGAUUAUAGUGAUUGUGGGUUUGGGUCAAAUCCCCUUAUGGGCAGUUAUUAACAUAACCAAACAACCCGGUCCAUGGAGAAAAAAAUUUAGGAGAGCUCGACAUCCGGGCCCGGAUAUGUCCCACGUGCACACCGUAACCAGAGAUUUAUUCGCUGUUCAAAGUCAGGGAAGUAUGAACAAUAGCAACAUUUUACUGCAAAAUCUUUCCAAUUAAAUACCAAAAUCAAUUAAUUCCAGUCCUCCCGUUUUUGCAUAUCCCAAACCUUCUAUCAUCCAAAUUUUUUUUUAAUCAGUGCUUUAAUAUAUAUAUAUAACAGUUGACAAAAUAUUUAUUCAUUUUUUUAAGAAAAAGUUCUUAUUUUUCAAUACCACAUUGACCAUUAUAUUUAAAUGCAAUUUUUAACCUUUUUUAGGAGAGAUUUUUUGUCUUUAUUAUAAAUUGGUGGAAAAUAAUGGUAAAUUAUUCAUAUUUUUAUAAUACAAUGAUAUUAAGGAAGAUUUCUUGAUUUAACUUUCGAUACCAAAUUGGGACAUUGGUAUUUAAAUAUUUUUCCACCACUAAGUGGAAUAUAAUAACUGUCUUUAAUUAUAUAAUAAAAUAAUUAUUAAAUUUAAGGGUAUUUAUGGAAAAUGGGUUGACUUUUUAUUCAAUUAUAAAAAUAUAAAAACAAUGUCUAUAAUUAUUUUUGUAAUUUGAUUCUCCCAAUUUUAUGUCUAAUCAAUUUUAUAAGCAAUAUAUAUAUGUUUCAUAAGUAAUAAUUAUAAUAACAAUACCGAAAAUAUUUUUUUACUAUUGGAACAUUUACAUACACUAAUCAUCGAUAAUUUUUUUAUAUCUGUUAUAUCUAAUGUAAUUUAUAUUUUCGGUAUGCGAUUUUUUUGCAUACACAAAAAAGGUAAAUAUAAAUUCUUAAACCAA